CAAAAACAAAACUGCAUGUGUGAAUAUAUUUAUAUGUGUGUGUGUGUGUUUCACUAAAGUAUUAUAAUAAUAAAUUGUUUUCUGGUUAUAGUAUAUCCUUCUCAGACCGUAAUCUGGCCAGGGAGCGGACUGUUUGAAGCAGGUGACGAAGCAAUACUAGACAGCGUUUUGGAUUACGAGAACGAGAGUGGGCUUCUAUCUCUAUCUGAAAUUCAUGCAACAGACAGGCCCGAGACACCUCCGACUAACGAGUGCAGACCAGAACCCGCUCACAAGGUGGACAAGACUACUUGUACCAGCGAAGACGGUGUCUACCCGCUACUCGUCAUACCCGACACGCCAGAAAAGCAAGGCAGACAACCGGCUAACACUAAAGAAGCUGACACUGACGGAGGACCAUCUGGAUCCGAAAUUAGCAUACCAGAAGCGCCAGGGAAAGCCGUGACUGACGACUCCAGGCCAUACCCCAAACUGAAGCAUUCCACUAGAAGAAGCGGCAGGAGGAAUACGAGGAGAUCAGCUUCAGGACGUCGGGGUCUAUCGAGAGGGAAGGUUGUGAAAACUUUUUGGAAAAUACUGACUUCUGUUUGUGAAUUGACUUCAGCGUUGACUAGGUAGAGUCGUGUGUGUUGUAAUGAUGAAUGAUCAAGGGGAAAAUUCGGUCUCGCAGUCAGCUCUGUUAUCUUUACAGUCUUCGGUCUCGCAGUCAGCUCUGUUAUCUUUACAGUCUAUGGUUGAAGUGUUAAGCGAUAUCCCUCACCCGCAAACUUUACCUCCACUGGUUGAAAUACAACAACAAUUAGAGAUUUCAAACGAGCCUCAGGCUCGCCACGAACCUUCGGAUUUACAGAAUUUGGAAAGUAUCGAUGUAGCCCUUCAGCGUUUAAGAGAAGCUCCGUCCAGUCCUCCAUCCCCCGAGCUUUUACCUCCGCCGCUUGAAUUACAGCCUUUAGAGAUUUCAAACGAGCCUCAGGCUCGCCACGAACCUUCUGAUAUUCAAAAUUUGGAAAGUAUCGAUGUAGCCCUUCAACGUUUAAGAGAAGCUUUGUCCAGUCCUCCACUCCCGGAGCUCUUACCUCCUCCCUCCCAACCCCGCGUCGUUUGUCCGUCUAAUGUACCAUUACCUCGGCCGACGCAGGUUCCCUCUGUUCGUCCAACCGAAGAUUCCGUGCCUGGUCCGUCUAACCUUUUACCCGUAAACGAUCCGUUACCCGGUCCGUCCUCGUACUUCCCACCUACACCACCAGCCGCUCAGAGGGGUGCGGGUCAAAAUCCUGAAUCCCCCGGGAGGGUCUCCAGAGAUAGGUUUAAUAACAUUGAAAUAAGACAGAUGCUAAAUUUCAACUUUCCCAAUCCUGUGAGUAAUUACGCAGAGUUUUAUCUUAAUGUGAUGGAGACUCUCCAAGCAGCGGUUGAACGGGCUGUAUCCUAUGCCAGACAGGGGGAUGUGCUGCAACUAGAAUUAAGGGGGGAAAGAUCAAACAGCGCCUCUGUCAUAGUCACACACAACGGCAGUCUACCUCUAAACCAUGUUCAAGAGGCUCUCGACCGCCUUGUGCAAUCAAACAUGGCCAUUAUGCCGGAAGAUGAGAUGGAGUUACUUGUGCAGGUGGUACAUAGUCCUAGAGGGGGUGUUAAAAGAAAACUGCAAACCAUUUUUGACGAUGAAAUCUGCAGGAAAAAAGCCCAUUGCCUGAACAUUGUCAUCAAUCCUGGCAACCAGCUCUGCUUUGCCAUUAACCUCGCUCAGCUUUUAAACCGUGAAUUAACCACGCGUCAGGCCACUGAGCACGCUAAAGUGCUACAGAAUCAUGCGGGGUUAGCGGACGACACGCCUGUGACUUUUAAUGAUAUUAUCAAAUUUGAACAGGCUUUAGAUUGCAAAAUCGUCGUCUUCUUCAGAGCAGACGGUGAGCGGGCCCUGUCUAAAUUCCAAACAUCUGAAGGAAUGCAUCCUAAAACCCUCUAUCUCUUCCUCCAUCAGAACCAUUACUAUGGUAUCACCAACCUGAAAACAUUUCUAGGUGCACGGUACGUCUGCGGUUACUGCCACACAGGUUUUACUAACUUAUGGCAGCAUCAGUGCCCGGGCCGUUGUUCUGUAUGCUUCACCUCAGACUGCACAAAAACCGAGACUAAACUGAUUAAUUGCCCCGAUUGUAAUAUGACGUGUCGAUCCGACACGUGUUAUUUAAAACAUAAAAUACCUCGUCACCGCCCCACCGCCGGUACAGCCGCCAGCAACUGCGGUACAAUUAAAAAGUGCAAUACCUGCAGAGUGGUGUAUUACUCAGCCAUCAGCGGCAGCACCCAGCACAAAUGUCGAGCUAAGACAUGUCCGGUCUGUUCCGUAAAGGACCCGGGCGAGGAUCAUCUGUGUUACAUGACUCCUUUGAAGGUCGAGACUGAUUAUUCGAACCGCAUAGUGUUUUAUGAUUUUGAAACAUUUGUAGAUGGAACAGGCAGACACAUCCCAUUUUACAUCAGUACACAGUCUAUGCUUGGAAAGAAGUGGGGUUCCUGGGGCAUGAGUUGCACAGCUAGCUUCUUUAAACACUUCAGAAAACAGAAAUACAGAGGCUGCAUCUUCAUAGCUCACAACGCUAAGGGUUUCGACAGUUACCUGCUUCUCAAUCAUAUAAUUCAGCAAGGUAUGGCACCCCGUAUAAUCAUGCAGGGCAGCAAGGUGUUGCAGAUGGUGGAUGAGGCGUUCCGUCAAACAUACAUUGAUUCGCUUUCCUUUUUAACCAUGCGCCUAGCAGAUAUGCCCGCAGCCAUGGGCCUCGAUGCUGUGAAUGCUCCACGCGACCAGGAACUAAGCAAAGGUUUCUUCCCCCACCUUUUCAGUUCAGAGGCUCACUUAAAUUAUGUAGGCCCUUACCCUCCCCCAGACACUUACGGCGUAGACAGGAUGCCUUCGGACACGCUGAAAAAGUUCAAUGCCUGGUACGCCACCAAAGCUGGCUGUACAUUUGAUUUCAAAAAAGAGGCGGUGCUUUACUGCAAUCUCGAUACUGAAAUCCUGGCAGCAUCAUGCUUAAAGUUUCGCGAAGAAUUCAUUCGAGAGACACGCGUUGACCCCUUUACGUGCAUUACAAUCGCUUCCGCCUGCAUGAAAGUCUUUAAGACAAAUUUCCUCCCUCCAAACACUCUGGCUCUACCGCCCGCCGAUAACUACAACCGGCAAUUCAAAAACUACUCCGACUCUGGCAUCCAGUGGUUAGAGUGGGUCUCGCAGAACGAAAACGUCGCUAUUCGACACGCUCUGAACGGAGGAGAGAAAAAACUGGGGAAAUACUUUGUGGACGGCUAUGCAGAGACUGACGGUGUUAAAAAAGCAUGGGAGUUUCUCGGUGUUUUUUUCACGGCUGUCCAAAGUGUUACUCGCCUACUGAAGUGAAUCGUUUGUUGCAGACUCCCUUUGAGCAGCUCCACUCAGCCUGGCAGGCCAAGCUGCUGACCCUGCGAUCGGAGCUACACGUCUCGGUACAGUUCAUAUGGGAGCAUGACUGGAUCCGAAUGAAAAAAUCUCAUGACGGAGUGAAACAGUUCCUCCUUCAGUAUAGUGCACCGCAGCCCUUAAAACCUCGCGAUGCGCUGUUUGGAGGUAGAACUUGUCCCAUCCGUCUGAGGUACACGACAAGUGACACAGAGCAGGUUCGUUACGUCGAUGUUACAUCCUUGUAUCCGUAUGUUAACGCGCACUUUCACUACCCCCUUGGCCACCCCGAAAUUAUCCGUCAGGGUUUUAAAGAUCCGCGUGAGUACUUCGGCCUGAUUAAAGCUGUCGUGUAUCCCCCUCGGAAGCUAUUUCUACCUGUUCUACCGCAUAAAACUGAGCGAGGUAAACUGGUGUUUACUCUCUGCCGCGUGUGCGCUGAGAUCAACCAUCAAGCCGGUUCGUGCAUGCAUAGUGACGGAGAAAGAGCUCUAUCCGGUACCUGGACGACGCCUGAAUUCACGAAAGCCCUAGACAGUGGAUACCGUGUAGCCCAGAUAACAGAAGUCUGGCAUUUCAAGCAAAAGAGUGACUCCAUUUUUAGGGGCUACAUCAACACCUUUCUGAAGGGUAAACAGGAGGCUUCUGGUUUCCCCCCUGAAGCAUCGGAUGAGGCUAGCAGAGAAAAUUACAUCAGAGACUACGCAGCCAACCAAGGUAUUGAAUUAGACCCCAGUAAAAUCGCACCUAAUCCUGCAAAAAGACAGAUUGCCAAACUUUGUCUCAACAGCUUUUGGGGAAAGUUUGCCCAGAGAACCAACUUAGGUCAGACCACCCUCGUCAGAAAACCUGAAGAGUUUUUCAAGUUUCUGUUUUCAGAGCAGUACGAUGUAAAGUAUUUUGGCUUUCUGAAUGAUGAGGUGGCUAUGGUGCAGUGGCAGUACGGUAACGGGUACAUCCUCCCUCCCGGGAAAAGCAAUAACAUCUUUAUCGCAGCGUUUACCACAUCCUAUGCUCGACUGACUCUUUACAGGUAUAUGGAGAUGGUACAUGAUCCCGAAAGGAUUCUGUACUAUGACACUGACAGCUUGAUUUAUGUCGUCAGAGAGGGGGAGAUGCCUCUUCCCACAGGUAACUACCUGGGGCAGCUGACGGACGAGCUGGGCGGGGACUACAUUCAAGAGUUUGCAGCAGCAGGUCCUAAAAGUUAUGCAUAUCAGACCAGAGGGGGUAAAGUGUCACUGCGCGUGAAGGGUAUCACACUGAACCGUCAGAGUGGUGAAGAAAUUAACUUCAACAGUAUUAAACAGUUGGUAGAGGGUUACAUUGAGAAUCCUCUCAGCGACGCCGUCAUUACAGUGCCUCAGCAGAACAUCGUGCGAGAUAAAAAAGGCUUCACCCUGAAAAAUUCUUCAUUCCAAAAGAGGUUCAGGGUGGUGUAUGACAAAAGGCGUCUUUUAGCUGGCGGGCGAACCGAACCCUUUGGUUAUUAAUCAGAAAAUGUCACACUCUCUAGGAGAAGAGAUUGAGUUUGACCCCAGAUUGCAGCUUCCUUUUUCGUGUCUGGUGGUGGGUCCGAGUGGAUGUGGAAAAACUGUUUUUGUAAAAAAUGUUCUG